CCGAUAGAGGGCGCUAUUUUGAGAAUGUUGACUGGAGAUCAGGGUUGCGACAUGACUGAACAUUGACAAUCUCAGUUAUUGUAUCUUUAUUUUGUGGCACUUGAGGAAUAAUGGAUAAAACUGUAGAAGAAGCAUGGGCACAGUUGGUAUGCACUACAGAUGUAGAUUGUCAGCCAUUCCCAAUUUACCAGGAAAAAUUUACCAUUGGUCGAGCUAAAGCCUGUGACAUUAGUUUAGGUGAUAAUAAAUUGGUGUCUGGUACACAUUGUUAUAUUCAGAGAAAUAACAAGGGUGAAGCGUGGCUUCAUGAUUCAAGUACAAAUGGAACGUUACUGAAUAUGGUAACCAAAUUAACUAAAGGAGAGAGUAGAUUAUUGUCUCAUGGAGAUGAAUUUUUUGUUGUCUACAAAAAGAACAAUGAAGAACUCAAUAUAGGAUAUGUUUAUCAAGAUAUGAAAGAAUUAGCUAAAGAAGAAGAAUCAGAUGAAGAAACUCAGGAGUAUAAUGUUGCUGAUGCUACACUUGCAGAUGAAGAAAUAAAUUUGGUUCCAUCACCUACUCAAGGCUUCAAAAGACCACAGACCUCAAGAGAUGAGGAUCCACCAUCCAAACGUUCCAAACCAGAUGAAUCGUCAUCUAAAGAGAAAUUGCCAGUAGAAACGAAUGAUGAUAAAAAACAACAAACAGAUGAUAAGACAGAAAUUAAAAUGAAAGUAGAUGAAAGUGGUGACAAGCAAAGUGACGUGCAAAGCAGUGCAAGUAACAGUAAGGAUAUAGCUACAAAACCACCAGAAAAAGAUGAUGCUCUAGCAGAAAGUCUACUAUGUAUUAUUUGUCAAGAAAUAUUACAUGAUUGUAUAAGUCUUCAGCCUUGUAUGCAUUCCUUUUGUGCUGGUUGUUACUCUGAUUGGAUGGAAAGAUCUAGUGAAUGCCCUUCUUGUAGAUUAAAAGCUGAACGAAUUAACAAGAAUCAUAUUGUUAAUAAUCUAGUAGAAGCUUAUUUAAAAGAACAUCCGGAUAAAAAAAGGCCAGAGGAAGAAAUUAAAGAACUUGAUAGUAGAAACAAAAUAACUAGAGACAUGCUAUAUCCUGUAAAACCAAAAAAAGAUGGUUAUUCGUUUGGUGAAGAAAGUGAUGAUUAUGAAGAUUCGGUAGAAGAACCUGAUUCUGAUGAUGAUGAUGUUGUUCCACCACCUCCCUAUGUGACAUUACCAAGACCUGCAGCAACUGGUCAUUUAUUUGGUUUACCAUUUGGUGUUAUUCCGCCACCCAAAACUGUGUGUCGUCAGUGUCCUGAAUAUAAAGAGCCAGUCCCUACAGCAUGUGUUACAGAUGUAGGAAAAGAUAAAUCUGAAUUGGCUGAUAACUGUGAUGGUGCUGGUCCAUCAACUGAUCUGGGUGAAGGUUGUUCCAAUCCUGAUGCUAAAAUUAUGCCAAGUCCACCUCCCAAAUUUGUAUGUGGUCCAAUGCAGAAUCAUUAUUUAUGUAAUUGUUGUUUAGAACCUAUGCCGGACAGACGUCUGGAAAGACCUGGUAACCCAUUGAUACGACCUCAGCAAUGUUCAUUGUGUCAAAAUGGAUUUUGUCAUCUAUACUGGGGCUGUAGAAGAGUCAACUGUGAGGGUUGUUUAGGGAAAUUUAAUGAUUUUAACUUUGGUAAAAAGUGUUUAGUAUCACUGGUUUUAGAUAACGCUCAUGAAUCUGAAAUACUGAAGAAUUAUCUAGAAUCAAAAAAUAUGUCUGUAAAAGAUUUACUGAAAGUUUGUAUAGAGAAAAAAGAUUCCGGUGAAUAUACAUGUACUGGAACCGCAGGAAAUUAUAAUAUGCAUUUUGGUCGAAAGCUUGAGUCUGAUGCUAUCAUAUGUUAUGCCUGCGCAUUAAGAUAUUUUAAAGAACUAGCGUAUCAGUAUCGCCGUGAUAUACCAAAUACAGAUUUACCAGAGGCAGUUACAAAGCGACCAGACUGUUACUGGGGCAAAAACUGUAGAACACAGAGAAAUAAACCAGCACAUGCAUUAACUUUUAAUCAUAUUUGUGAACAAACCAGAACAGCUUGAAAGUGAUAUUUAUUGUUUUAACAUGUCUUUAUGUACCAGAUGAUUUGUUAUGUUUAUGGAUAUAAUCGCACAGUUUGAAUACAAAGGAUUUUAUUUCUAAUGUGAACUCAGAGAAUUGGUAACCACAAUGUGCCUGAUGUAAAAAGACACAGUAACAACUGGUGGUUUGAACUCCUAUCUACAAGAACUAGUUUAUUUUGGGACUAAAUUUGUAUACAUUAUUCAACAAUUACCUUGCUCGUACACCCAACAGACUUUAUAACCUACUUGUCCGGAGGUCCAUGGAUUCAAUCCUGGUGUUGGCCAAGAAAGUUUCCUGGAAAUUUCAAGGGUGAUUUCCCCUUGUCAGUGGUGCAGGACAAAAGGCCUGACAAGGAAUAGGGUCUAGUCAUUCGGAUGGGACCAAAAACCAAGACCCUGUGUACGUAAAAGAAUCCAUGACAGUUGGAACUCGAAAUAAAAGUAGGACAUACCACAGCUGUCUAGACAAAACUUCCCUCAGCACACUGCAUGGCAUAUGCACAUGGCAUUAGCCCACUCGGUGCAGAGUAGUAAAUCAAACCCCAUUUAAUUUUCAUUUCUACUUGAUCAAUUCCCGUUCCACUGACAAGUGUACAACACACAGAGACAGUAUAAUAAUUAAUAAAUAGACAUUCAAGACAAUACAAAAUUUUCCACUGAAUCUAAAUAUUAGAAUUGCAUUCAGUUCUAUUAUUUAUAAAAGUAAUGAAAUAUGCAACUUACAUUGAGCCAUGUUUUUUCAAAAGACGUUUUAUCAGCCAACAAAUUCAUUGCUCAAUAUUUUUAUUUCAUGCAUAUUAAAGUAUUUUAUAUUUAAAAAAACCUCUGAUCAUAUGCUUUUACUGCUGUACCAAUUUUAUUUGUAAAUAUGAAAGGCGACAAUUAAAGAUGCAUUAUGGAAGGGCUAAAUCUGUCUAUUGCAGGUCUUUUUUCUAGCUUCAAAUGUUUUAAAAUAUUAUUUAGACAAGCCCAGAAUCAACUUUCCAGGCCAUCGGAUGGUUUAGAUAUCUAAUUGAUUAGAACCCUCUCACCAUUUAAAAUUAAACAUUAAAAUGGAUUAUUGAGUCAACUGGCAUGGGUUCGAAUCCCCGGUUGUACGUGUUCAACUUCGUGGGUUUUCUCCGGGUCCUCAGGUUUCCUCCCACUACUAAAGACCCCUACCGCAAGCAAAUUAUUGAAAUAAAAUUAAACCAUAUGUUAGUCCCGAAAUGACCUAGUUUGUGUCGAGUGGACGUUAAACCCCAUUUCUCUCUCUCUCUCUGUACGAUAAAAAACAUAGUCUUGAUUAUCCAUUUAAUGAUUAAAUUAUGAAUGGAAGUCGAACAGGAAAUCAGAACCUAAUCCAAUAAACGGCUAGCGAUGCCAUCGAGAGUUGAUUAUGUUCUGGAUAAGUUAAUUAAUUUCUAAUUAAUAAUUUAGAUAACAUUUCAGGACUAAAGAAGACCUGCAAUAGUCAGACUUAGCUCUUGCAUAAUGUAUGUUUAGGUUGCCGAAUGCCGAUCCUGAUCCAACUGCCAAGGGAUAUUUUAUGUAGACUGCUUAUUUGUAAACAGAACCUCUUUUGUAAACAGCAUAAUCAUGUGCAUGAUUGUCUUUUGUUUAUGUUCUAAUCAAAUACUAUUUUGAAUUAUUUUAUCUAUAGAUGGAUUCAGUUAUAUAUUCAGCACAAAUUAAGAAAUAUUUCUUUAUGGUAUAUAUACAAAGUUGUUUGAAGUUGAUAAAAAAAUUGUUAGAUAUUCUAAAUUUAUUAAAAUAAAGUUU